UAAUCAGUCAAGCAGCGCAACUUCCGCGGUAAGACCGAGCGCUGGCUACAGUAGCUCAAUAGCUUAGUCAUGAGCUGCUCGUGUGUUUGGGGACAAAGACAACCACUCGACUGCUGGAUAUAAGGGCAGAGUCCGAGCCUGCGAUUAAUUAAUAGUGGAUUAACAUUGCUUGUGUCUGUUUUUUGGCCUCUACUUAACGGUGUCAGCGCGGAUUUGUUGAAGAACGGCCGCUAGCUUAGCUCGCUAGCUGUGCUGUGUGUUUGUGUGCGGGUUUAAAGGUCCUGUUCGGGUUUGGUACGGAGCUGCCGCUAAACUGGCGAGGUGACCGAUGAUGAAUCGCUUCCGAAAGUGGCUUUAUAAGCCAAAGAGGUCAGAUCCGCAGCUGCUGGCCCAGUUCUACUAUGCAGAUGAAGAGCUGAACCAGGUGGCCACUGAGCUGGACAGUCUGGACGGGAGGAAGGACCCUCAGAGGUGUACCCUGCUAGUCAACCAGUUCCGCUCCUGCCAGGACAAUGUUUUAAACAUCAUAAAUCAGAUCAUGGAUGAAUGCAUACCUGAAGAGCGAGCCAACAGAGACUUCUGUGUGAAGUUCCCAGAAGAGAUUCGCCAUGACAACCUUGCCGGGCAGCUGUGGUUUGGGGCAGAGUGCCUGGCAGCAGGAUCGAUCAUCAUGAAUCGUGAGAUUGAGAGCAUGGCCAUGAGACCGCUGGCUAAAGACCUCACCCGGAGCCUGGAGGAAGUGCGCAACAUCACCCGAGACCAAGCGUUACGAGAUCUUAACCACUACACUGAGCGCAUAAAGGAGGCGCUGCGGCACUUUGACGGCCUCUUUGCGGAGUUUGAGCUCAGUUAUGUGUCAGCCAUGGUGCCUGUGAAGUCUCCUAAGGAGUAUUACAUCCAGCAGGAAGUGAUUGUGCUCUUCUGUGAAACAGUCGAGAGGGCCCUGAAGCUUGAAUAUCUUACUCAAGACAUGAUCGACGACUAUGAACCAGCUCUCAUGUUUACAAUUCCUAGACUUGCCAUUGUCUGUGGCCUUGUUAUUUACUCCGAAGGGCCUCUUAACCUCGACCGCAAACCAGAGGACAUGUCUGAACUGUUCCGACCUUUCCGUACUUUGCUGAGAAAAAUAAGGGACCUGCUUCAGACUCUGACAGAAGAAGAGCUCAUGACUCUGGAGCGAAGCCUCUGCAUCUCCCAGGAUGGAGAAUUUCCUACAAGUUCAACCAAUGAUCCAUCCGCUUCCACCGGUCCUGAUAGUCAGACGGAGGAACUGGAAAAAGAGAAAGGAGUGGAGGAGGUUGUGGAUCUCACACUGUUUGUCACUCAGGAAGAUUCUGUAUGGAAGGAGGAGGAGGAGAAGCAGGUGCUGCCCGAGUCCUCCAGCGAGAGCGAGGAGGAGGAGCCCAUCGAUGCUGACUUGGCUUGCUCCAUGCAGUAUGAUGAAGAAGAGAUCGAGCAACUUAAUAUGAUGGUGCAUCAAGUAGGAGACGAAAUGUCUACACUGCUUUCCCCUCCAAGUCAGAAUCAGUCCCCAGCUCACCGGCCUCGACCCUACAAUGGAAGCAGUCUCGAAGGUUCCAGUGCCACCUCCAGCACACAGGCGUCUCCUAGGAGAGCCCCGGGAUCGUACCAUGAUGAUGACCGGGUGUUCUUCAUGGACGAUCUGGAGUCUGGCCUUAGUAGUGAGCUCUGCCGUGGACAGCUUCCUCUUCCUACCGUAUGCCUCAGAUCCCCUGAGGGAUCACACUGUAGACCCGACGCAUCCUGUAAUGGUUGGUUGACAGUCUGCCAAUCGAGCGACGCCACCAAUUUGGGUUGUCAGCGCAAACUGAGCCAAUCAACUGAGUCUGUUGGAAACUCAGACAGGAUGGUGAACGGAUGGGAAGGAUUGCAGGAUGAGGAUAGCGUACAGACUGCUGAAGAAAUCGCCAAUCGUACUGGUGGAAUGAAGCUGUCCGCCACCGUUAUUUUUAACCCUCAUUCUCCAAGCUUGAGUGAUCUGGCUGUGGUCUUACCUCAAUCAGCUGAUGCUCCUGAAGCUGGCGAAGGCGGGGCUUUGGUCGCCACUCAGUGCCUGCUUAACUCCUGUGUGUGCUGUGCUGGUGGCUGCGUCGACAACCAUGAGGAUGCCAUGGAACCUGCUGGCAGGAGCAUGGCACUGGGAUUCGAGAAGCACAAGUUGACCAUCACAAGCUCCGUCAUCCAAUCGGCUGUAGCUGCUGGCAGCCCAGGGAAGGGAAAUGGACAUUUGCCGCUCACCCUGCCCCCGUCUCAGGGCCACCUUACCCAUUCUGUGCCAAACUGCUCAGUGCAAAACCAAGCGAGAGAAGAUGAGGGCAGUCAGGAUGGUAUCCACUAUCCCUGCUGUGAGAAAUGCAGCCCAGGGGUACUUCUGGCUCAGGACAGAGGCUCAGGACAGGAGGGAGGACCUAGUUGCACCCUUCAGGACACAGGAUGCCGAACGCAACAUAAUGCCUCAGUAAAAGGGAAAUCGGAAUGUUUUGGAAAACAGUCCAAAGAUGAUAACCGGAAGAUCAAUAGCCCCGUCAGUAGUCUGACAACCAGUUCGGACAUGUCUGAGGACCUGGAUCAUCAGGAGAUUCAAGUGGCUUUACAAGCUGCCAAACUUGCUGCCCACAACAAAAUUCGUUCACGUUUCCAUAGCAGUAGUGACCUCAUUCAUCGUCUUUUCGUCUGCAUUUCAGGUGUAGCUGAUCAGUUGCAAACAAACUAUGCGAGUGACCUCCGAAGCAUCUUAAAGACUCUGUUUGAGGUCAUGGCUACAAAAACAGACCAAGGAGACAAUGAAAAGCCCAAGAAAGGUCCAUGUCUGGGCAGUGCAGUGCUGGAAGACUGUGCUCUCUGUCAGGAGACCAUCUCUUCAUCAGAGCUCGCUGCCAAAGCCAGAGAGGGACAGUUUGAAGACCCUCCUGAAUGGGUGCCAGAUGAGGCCUGCAAUUCCUGCAUAGCAUGUAAAGCACCAUUUACAGUCAUUAGAAGAAAACAUCACUGCAGAAGUUGUGGAAAGAUCUUCUGUUCCCGCUGCUCAUCACACUCAGCCCCCUUGCCUAGAUAUGGUCAGAUGAAGCCGGUGAGAGUUUGCACUCACUGCUACAUGUUCCACGUUACGCCUUUCUACAGUGACAGGACUGGUAUCUGACACACACACACACACACAGAUGUAAGCACACUACAAUGAGGUUUGAUUCUUUAGCCUGAAGAGACAUGCACAUUUUCAUCAUCAUCAUCAAAAAAAAACAAAAAAAAAACGAUGUAAAUAUGAACACUAAAUGCAAUCACUACAAAGCGAAAAGGAAAAGAAAAAGCCUCGACCAGGGAACAAAAAGCGAGAAGGACUCUAAUGGACGGUUGGGAAAUGCCUCAAGCACACAAGGAAGUACCCCAUCGCUGUGGGAGCCAAAGUAUUUAUUUAGGGCUUUGCUUUUAAUGAGCUUAAUUACAAAUUUGCUUUAAUCGAGCAUGGAACAAGCGGGCUAUUCUGUAAAACAGAAGCACACCCGACCACGUACAAGAGAAGAAAAUAAUUAUAAUAAUACAGCUUGUUAAUGGGAUUUUGUGUGGCAGUAAUUGUGGCUUUAUUAGUGCCGGAGGUUCCACAGGCUCAGAUUUCCAGAGUGAAUGUAAACUGUGAGCACAUUAUAAAUAUGAGAAUAACAAAACUGUGACAUAUAUGAAGACAAUAAUGCUAACACUAACUGCACCAUCAGUGACACCUUUGUGGCACAUUAUAGCACAGAUGUUUCCUUUAUUUAAUGUUUUAAUUUAGAAUACAAUGCUGCUUUCUUUAAAACAGAAGUGAUAUUUGGAGAUUAAGUUGAAUGGCCAAAAACAGAUGUGUGUGUGUGUAUAUAUGCUGAAAGUUUGAAAUAGAUUUGUAUCUUCCAAAAGAGAAGAUUUCUCUCAUAUUCCUCUUGCAAAUGAAUGUGCAACAUCUGGAUGUUCUUUAUUUUCCUUUUUUGUACAUUCUGUAAAACUUAAAUUGCCUUUUACAGCAGUUUGGGAGCCUUCUGCUUUUCCCUCUGGUACAACAGAACACUUUAAACCCCCCUACCUCAUCCCUCUUGACCCCUUUCACACGGUCUUAUCCUGCUUAAGUUUGCCUACAAUUGCAGAUCAGUCGAUCUUCACUGUCUUCUACACUGAGGCAGAUGCCUUUGUUUCUCUUUGCACACUUUUAGUUUUGAUGUUUUGUUUUGGUUAAUGAUGAAGUGACCAACUUUUAUUUGUAGAAAGUCAAUCAUAUUAAUGUAUGAAGAUGAAUAAUUGUGAUUUUUCACAAAACCUGAUGAGAAGAAGAAGUCUAAAGGUGUGUUCACACUUGGUAGGUUUAAUAUCAGGAAAACAAACUAGUGAAAUUUAUUUGAAUGAAGAUAUAUUUUUUCCCCAAAAAUGUAAAUUAUUCAAAGUGUUCAUUUAUAUUGAGAGUAAUUGGGAAAUUUUAUAAGUUCUUAAUGUGAAUUUAGAAAUCCGCUUUCUACCAUCAUUUAACCAUCAUUCACUUUUUCCAAACCGGUGUUCAUUUCCUUCUUCUAUUGGAUGGAAACAUUUUUUAAUAACAUUAGAAACCAUAUGUAGGUCAAUGGCCUGUGGUUACUGGUUUAGUUUCCAACAUUUUUCUAAAUAUUUUCCUUUGCAUUUGACCAAAAAUGAAACUCUUAAAAGCAUGGAAAUACUUCCGGUGAGUUUACCCAAAAACUAAAAGUCUGUUGUCGAUUAUUCAUCCUCUACUUGUUCCAAACCUGUUUGUGUUUCCUUCUCUGUCGAACACAAAGAAAAUAUUUUGAAGAAUACAAGAAGAAAAAAAAAAAACAGCCAUUGACUUCCAUAGUAUUUUGUGUCCCUGUUAUAAAGGUAAAUAGCUCCUCUUUCCAACAUUCUUCAGAAUAUCUUCCUUUGUUUUCAACAGAAGAACAAAAUUUUGAAAAGUUUUGAAGCAGUUUAGUGUAAGUAAAUGAUGACACAGUUUUCAUGGUUGGGUGAACUAUCCCAUAACUUUCCAUUUCUGGGUGAAAUAUCACAUAACUUUCCAUUUUUAGGGAAAUUAUCCCCUAACUUUCCAUUUUUUUGGGUGAGCUAUCCCAUAAUUUUCCAUUUUUGGGUAAAAUAUCCCAUAACUUUCCAUUUUUGGGUGAAAUGUCCCAUAACUUUCCAUUUUUGGGUGAAAUGUCCCAUAACUUUCCAUUUUUGGGGUGAAAUAUCCCAUAACUUUCCAUUUUUUUUGGGUAAAAUAUCCCAUAACUUUCCAUUUUUGGGUGAAAUGUCCCAUAACUUUCUAUUUUUGAGUAAAUAUCCCAUAACUUUCUAUCGUUGGGUGAACUACUCCUUAAGUGACUAUACUUCUAUCUACAGCUUGGUGUUCACCAAAUAAGCAUUCAGACACCACUGAAAAAGCAUUUCAGUUCACUACCAGGUGAAUUCUGGGGUGGUUUGACUGAAAAAUGAACACAACACAGACUUGCAUCCGUGACAUCCUAAACAAACCAAAAGCAGGACAUGAUCUCACAAGAUAUGACCAUCAAGAUUACAAAAUGUUUUACUUUUUGUCAUAGUCUUAAUGAUUCACAUUACAAUUCACACGUCAUUGCUAUGGAUGUUUAUUUAGAAAAAUAUACAUUUUAAAGGUAUCAUUAUUUCAAAGGACCUCAAAUAAUAAAAAUUUAAAAUUCUGUUAUUAAUUCCUCAUCUGCAAUACCGUUUCAACCCCCUGAGACCUUGGUUAUUCUUCAGACCACAAAAGAAGAUAUUUUAGAUUACAUCAGAGAGCUCCCUCAUCCUCCAUAGACAGCAACAGGAACGAAAUGCUCAAAAUCCAGAAAAGGAACGUAAAACAUUGUCAAUAGGUCAACAAAAUUGAUUUUACUGAGUUUUUUGUAGCACAAAAGUGCAUAUGGAACUUCGUAUGAUUGCAGUUGAACCACUGAAGACAUGUGGACGGUUUCAUGUACUUUGAACAUCUAUGGACUAUUGCUGUCUAUGAGGAUGAGGGAGCUCUCUAAUUUAAUUUAAAAUAUCAUAAUUUGUGUUCUGAAGAUGAAUGAAGGUAAGACCAAUAAAACCUAUAAAACCAAAUCUACAAGUGUGACCACACCGCAAGACUGAUUUUGGACCUCACUACUGAUUUCAGAAGUUGCAGUAUUAUCUCUACUAUCAUAAGCAAGUGAUCAACUACAUAGUUUUCAACACUAAACAAUCCUAUUGACACUAAAUAGUGAAUUACAUCAUUUAUCAUCAUAAUUAUUUUGCCUUAUGAUCACAUUCCUUUUAAAUCCUAGGCAUCCAAAGCAACAAUGUUUGCAUGCUUCAUAUGAAGCGACAUGUAUUGAGUUGAACGUGACCGGUUCUAGCAAUACAAGGUGGUUUUAUUCUGCUGGUUGGUUGAUUCUUAAUACUUGCCUUUUUCUGCCUCAUUACCCUUGACCAAGUGUUAAAGCUGAUCAUUCCUGUUUUCAAACCCGUUUCUCGACUUCCCUGCAUUUACAGAAUAAUGUCUACAAACACUUAAAAACACUGCAAUUUUGAAACACUAACUGUAAUCUUAACUUUACGCUUUGCAUUAGGAUUAUUUUGGAAUGGCAGGGUAGUUAUAUUUUGGUUGACGUGGUACAUAAGCAGGUUUUGCAAUAGUUCUAUCUUCAAAUAGUAAGAGUUGCUUUUGAUCAGAUCUCAAUCGCUUUACUUUGACCUUCAUAUAUUGCUCACAUUUAGUCAUUAAUAGGGUCUAGUAUCAUCAGUAUUGGGAUAAACACUUGGAGUCAAUUUUCAAAUGCACACCACUAACAAUACUGCAGAUAUAGCUUUAGGACUUCUGCUGGAUUGAUAUAAUGUAGUCUUUUAUAUGUUUUUCUCCCCCAUCUUUAUUUAGAGGUACGAUCAAGUAGACAUUAAACCGAAUGGAACAAUUCUGUCGUUUUUCCUGUUGCUUCCUGUUUUAAUAUCACGACCGUUCCUCAGGAAUGUCUUGAUUGUAUGUCGGGAUUUAUUUUUACAGCUACUCUUGGAAUGUAUUUUGAGUUGUAAACGAGGACUGCGAAUCAGCCAAAAGUCAAACGCUUCCUCAAAUGGCAGGUUCAGCGUCUGCAAACUCCACUUCCAGCCUGUUUUCAUGCGAUUUUUUAAGCUCACUCUCUGAUUUGUGCCCUCUUCCGAUUCUCAUUCUACACUUUUGUUCAGUUUUUUUUUUUUUUGCGUUGUUGUUUUUUGUAUUAAUUGAAAAUAGGAUAUGAGUAUUUAAAAUUAUACAGAUGUUUUAUUUUACAGAGAACAAUAAUAAUAAUAAUAAUAAUGAAAUUAUAUAUGUACAAAAUUACUUUUUUCUGUAUAAAGAGAAUCACAACGAGAGAAUUUGCUCUAUUUAUUCAAAGCUUGUUCUUAUUUUGUAAUGGCCGGUUCAGUCGAAUAAGAUGUAAAGAACAACUUUUCAAAGUCUACUGAGUAUUUAUGUCAUGCUACAAAAGUAAUAAAUGAAGUUUUCUUUACAUAA